AUGGAGACAGUCGCGGUGUCUGCCACCCCGGAGCUGGCCGAGGAGCUGCUGCGCUGGUUUGUGUCCCAGGGCGAGAAGGAGUGCUUCGCGGCGACGCUGUUCACCUGCUACGAGCUGCUGCGGCCCGACGUGGUGGCGGAGGUGGCCUGGAUGAACAAGCUCGGGGACUUUGCCAUGCCGUACAUGGUCCAGGUGAUCAAGGAGUACACCGGCAAGGUGGACCUGCUCAUGAGCGAGCGCAAGGAGGCCAAGGAGGCGGAGAAGGGCGCGGUGGAGGCCAUCAAGCAGCAGCAGGCCGCGGCAAACAGCUACGCCAUGCUCAUGCCGCUCGCGCUGCCGGCGCCGGGGCAGGGCGGCGGGCCGGAGUUGGGGUACGCGCCGCACCCGGGGAUUGGGGGCGUGCCGCCGCCGGGGUACGGGCCGGCCGCGGGGUUCACGGGGCAGCCGUACUGA